AUGGCUUCAAACAAUCAAUACGGAAAACGCCUUGCGGUCAACUACAUCGACCAAACCGCUCGAAGCGAUCCAUCCAGGACAGCGGUGUAUCAGACCGUUACAGUUGAUGCAAGCACUGAAACGCAUACAGUGAAAUAUCGCAACCUCGCCAACAUCAUCAACAACCUGGCCAGGUGGCUGGACGAGCUCACACCAGUGACAGAGAAGCACACGCGAACCGUUGGAUAUCUUGCUGCCAGCGAUGUGAGACACUUAGCGAUCGUUUGCGCGGCGGUGAAAUCUAGAUGGAAGGCAGGUUACAGCAGCAAAGGAUCCGUCCUUCUGCUAUCCUCCCGCAACACCGCCGCCGUCCAUACUCACCUCCUGCGCGAAGUAAACAGCUCCCUCCUCGUCUACGAUGAACCGUUCCGUGGCAUUGCGGAGACAGUCCAGCGGGACGGACACAUACAAAUUCGCGCUGCACCGUCCCUGCUCGAAUGUCUGCAUUACGGGAGCAUUGGCAGAGACUACCCCUACAACGGAACCUGGGAGACCGCUGCAAACGAUCCGUUCGUGAUCCUCCACACCACCGGCUCAACAGGGAUGCCCAAGCCCGUGACCAUCCCGCAGAGCUCCAUCGCCGCGACGGACGCACACCACUUGGUCGCAUCGAUCACCGGCCAGAAGGCCGAGAUGGCCGUCGCCGCCGAAGCCACCACCGUCCUGCUGGGCCUUCCGCUCACCCACAGUGCAGGGCUGGGACUCGGGUGCUUCCUCCUUCUGGCGGAGUGUGCCCUGUUGCUGCCGGGGCCCGACAAGCCGGUGAGCCGGCAGACGGUCCGCGAGGGUGUUCGGUCCUGUCCGUUUGAUGCAGCCUUGCUACCUCCAUCCGUAGUCGAUGAUAUCGCCGAGGAUGAGCACCUCAUCACUGAGCUGGCGCAUUGUAAAUACAUCAUGUUCGGUGGCGGUGCAAUCCGGCUCAUCAACGAGAUCGGCACCACAGAGAGCGGCUCGCUAGUGCAGUUCGCCGUCCCCUCGGAGAACUGGGACUGCUACCGGUUCAGCGACGAGUUGAACGGCAUCGAGUGGAGGCGCACGGGGCCGGACUCGGACGAGUAUGAGAUGGUCCUGGUCCGCCGUCCCGCCGCGAGUCGGUUCCAGGCGGUGUUUCGGACGUUGCCCCAUCUGCACGAGUUCGCGACCAGGGACCUGUUCGCCCGGCACCCGACUAUUGCGGACGGAUGGGUGUAUCGUGGCCGACGCGAUGAUGUGGUGGUCCUGUCGACGGGGGAGAAUCUGAAUCCGCGGGAGAUCGAGGACGCCGUCCGCUCGAGUCCCGGGAUCGCCGGGGCGGUGGUUUUUGGGUCCGCGUUCCCGCAGCCAGGCCUUCUGGUCGAGCUAGAUGGGUCCAGGGCAGCGGAACAGGUCAAGGACGGGGUGCUGGCGGUUCUGGAGAACGUCUACGCCAUGUCUCCGGAUUUCGCCCGUGUCCCAGCGGACAAGAUCAUUUUCGCGGAGAGCGCUAAACCCUUCGUGCGGACUUCGAAGGGAACAACGCAGCGGAAGAAGACGAUCCAGGCUUACCAGGAGGACAUCAACGCCCUGUAUGACGGUCCUCCGGCCGUGUCCACCGAGACGGAGAUGUGCUUUGACUUUUCGUCUAAGGAGGCACUCGCCACUUCUCUGGCGAGCUUUGUUGCAAACCUGACGGAUACCAGACACCUAAGCCCGGAGCAUGACUUCUUCGAGGCUGGGAUGACGUCGCAACAAGUCGAGAUUCUGGCCACGAGUCUGCGACGCGGAAUUCAAAACGAGCCAGACAGUAACCUGGACGAUAGUUUACUCAAUCAAGACGCCGUGUACUCGGCACCAUCUGCGGGCAAACUUGCAUCCUUAAUUUUCAGUGAUGGCGAUGCGUCCCUACGUAUCCAUAAGCAGAACCGCAUAGAGAGAAUGGCGGCAAUGCUGGAAAGGUAUACAGCAUCCCUCCCAAGAAUCGAGUCCAGCCACACAUCCCCGCAACACAAAGGCAUCGAACACAUCCUUCUGACCGGAAGCACCGGCUUCGUGGGCUCCCACCUGCUCCGAGAGCUAUGCCAUCGCCCCGAAGUCCAGAGCAUCACCUGCCUCGACCGCGCAAACCCAGCACGACACCAGCCCCAACCCACAGAACCGCACCACAUACCUAUCAAGAUCCAACAUCUGACCGCAGACCUAUCAGCGCCGAACCUCGGGCUGGAGAAGCAGACCUACACCGCGCUGACCGACUCCGUAACCACAAUCCUGCACUGCCAGUGGCCCGUCGACUUCCACCAGCCCCUCUCAUUCUUCGAGCCCCAAAUCCAGGGAAUCGUCGCAGUGACAAACUUCGCCGUCGAAUCCACGCACCGUCCGCGCAUUAUCUUCCUGUCCUCUAUCUCGACAGUAGCGAACUGGAACGAAGACCGCGCUGUUCCCGAAGCCUCCCUCGGCUCACUGAAACAUGCGCAGACAGGAUACGGCGAGAGCAAGCUGAUCGCCAGCCUUCUGCUCCAUCGAGCAGGGGAACUCGCCGGCAUGCGAGGAUCGAUCUGCCGCCUGGGCCAAAUCGCCGGACCGGUGGACUCAGCAGGUGUAUGGCCUCGUCGAGACUGGUUCCCGUCGCUGCUCGACAGCUCCCAGGCCAUCGGGUAUCUGCCGGACUCCCUGGGGGCGCAGGAUACUCUGGCCUGGAUUCCGGUUGAUUUUCUGGCAGAGUUGAUAGCCGAUCUCGCGCUGACGGGAGAAAGGAGCGGGGAGACGACGUCUUACUACCAUUUCGUCAACCCACAGUCGGCCAAAUGGGCGGAUAUGGCACCGAGCGUGAUUGCUCAGCUGCAGGGGGAGUGCAGAAUAACAAGCUUGUCUGACUGGGUGAGGAAGCUCGAGGAUCAUGCGGCCAGAGCAGCGAGCUCUGACACGCAGCCUUCAUCGGGGGUGAAGUUGAUUGACUUUUACAAGUCGCUUCAGGGCCGUCCGCUGGAUUUGGAGACCUGUCAGACUCGGGAUGUGAUUCCUCGGCUCGGGAGUAUACCCCCUGUGAAUGAGGGGUGGAUGCGAGCAUGGCUGAGGCAGUGGGCUCAUCCAGAAUAAGAUGGAGAUAAAAGGCCGUGAGCUAGGAACUAUUUUCUGAGACUGUCCAUUGGCAGCCACUUUUCGGGUUGGUUUAGGGUGUAUUUCCAUACUCAUGAACCCAUAUUGCAUGGUCACAACCCCAUCUAUCGACUUUUCUGAGCAAUGCGGCCUGACUCACAGUUAUACGCGAUGCUCCCGCUGUACUUCUCGGUCAACCAGCUGGAGGGGUUAUACUGCGUACAAGUUUGAUUAUACAAGACUCAGCGCUAGCGCAACGAUGGCUUUCUUGUGCCCAAAUUUG